UCACUCUAAUGGCAGCGAGGUGGUGUAUGAUUUCGCGUGAGCUUCAGUAUUCAAUCAAGCAAAGAUCGCAUAAGGAAGUACUAGAAAAUUUAAGAAUUUUUGAGCCAUGCAAAAGAGGAGUGGAAUUUUAGUCGCCUUAUGUCUAUGGCUUUCCGUGAGGAAAGGCCUGGCCUUACUGCCAAACGAGAGCGAGAUCAUCGACAAGUGCAUUCUGAACUACGGUGGACUCACUUCGGAGACUGCCGAGCGUCUCGGGAGAUUCAAGGAUUGGUCGGUGGGCUACGAGGAGAUUCCCUGUUUCACGCGGUGCUACUUGGCUGACAUGUUUGACUUCUACAAUAACAGUACUGGUUUCGAUAAGGACGCGGUUGUAAAAGCAUUUGGAGAACCCGUCUACAAAGCUUGUCAGAAGAAAUUGGAGCUGCCGGGAUCCGAGCUGAGUAGCUGUCAACAUGCCUAUGAGGGCUUCCACUGCAUCACCAACUUGGAGAACCACCCCUUCACGGUGAUCGACAACAUGGCCAACAUCUCCCUGUCCGCCAAAAGCGCGAUGAAGGAGUGCCUGCAGGAUGUGGACCAGGCCAAGUGGAAGAGCUUCGCUGCCUACGGCGACUAUCCCGUCAACGAACCGAUUCCCUGCUACACCCGGUGCUUUCUGGACAAACUGCACCUCUUCGAUCAGAAAACGCGGCUCUGGAAAGUGGGGGCCAUGAGGCAGCACCUCGGCGUUCCAGCCAAAGGAGCCGUCAUCAGGUCCUGCCACCUGCAACGCGGCAAGGACCGGUGUGCCACCUACUACAAACAGUUCACCUGCCACGCCCUGGCCGCCUAAGCGAUCGUGUUAUUUAAAAAUACAACUUCGGUUGUUAUAAUAAAUUUAAUUAUUUUCAAAUA